AUGUCUACACUUCUUAUUGCUGGUGGCGAUGGCGCUACUUUGAGUGAGAACGAUGGUCCUCUUUUCGAUUUGGACUUCGAUUUGGAGGCGGAGGCGGAGAUGGAGAUGGAAGGAGACGCGAAGGAUGACCCUUCCAAGGGAAUGGAGAAAAACGGGGAGGAAGACAUUGGGACUGAUAAUGACGGUAACGAAUUGGAUGACGGCAGUUAUGACGAGAGUGAGCAGUCUAUUGACUCUGAUCAAGAACGAGAAGAAGCUGUUCGAGAGGGAUUCUUGUGGUUCUUUGUGGAUAAGCUUGGGUGCGCGGUUUUGGCUCCGCUUUUGGAAGCCCUGGACAGCUUCUUGAAGUCUAUCCAAGACUAUUUCAUGUCGAUUUUUGACCGUUUGAUGCGUUGCUUCCGGGGUAAUGACGAACCAGCUGACGCACAGGAUUUGGUCACAGAAGUCGCAGAUGCCAUGGACCCUUCUUCCGCACUUGACUCUUCCAAGUUUUUGACUCACACCAACAGUGCAACUGGAUUCGGCGGUGGUCCCACAGGCCUCGAGAACAGUGCUGUUGGAUUCGGUGGAGGUCCUAUUGGCACUCCUGGCGUGGCCGAAAUGGCGGCUUCGGCUGCUCAAGGUGCUGCAACUUCCUCGGCUUCUGGAGUUGCUGCCAGUGCUAGUGUUGCUGGAGCGUCUGCUGCAGGUCUAUCUGGGGCCACCACAUUGGUCGGAGCAGUUGCCGCUUCAAGUCUAGCCACACAGGCUGGAGUAGCUGUUGGAGCAACACUGACUGUAGCAGCAGUAUCUGCAGGGGUAUUGCAGUCGACUUCAUCAGCUCCAACCCCAACCCCAACCCCAGAAACACAAUUUCCCACAGUUUUCGAACAUUUUGUCCCCCCAGUUUGCUCAGAUGCUGAAAAGAUGGAGGUCGGGUUUGUCGAGCUUCAGAUCAAGGGAAUCCCACCUGAUCUUCUGUUCAAUCAACAGGACAGGCAGAUGAUGGAGUUCCUCUUCAGAGAUGCUUACAAUGACAUAUCUUCCGACCCAUUGAUCUCGUGGCUUCAAGACAGCAAUACUACCUUGGAUGAAUACAACGAACUGGUGGCCGACAGCAUCACUACUGUUGUCUGGAAGGCCAGUGUUGCUUGUAAUGGGUGUCCCGAUUAUGAGCCCCUGUUCCAGCUAGCCACCGAAGACAACACGUCAGCCAGGACGAGAAGGACUUUGAGGGAAAUCGAAUCUGAAUCUCUGAGCCUUUGUUUGGAAAAACCCAGCAGUGGCCAAUGCCAGCAAAUCCUUCCUAGGCUUGUUGACAGAAUAGUUGACUUGACUGGUCAACGAGUAAGCAUCACCCAACUGGCUGCUCAACUAUAUGAGGAAGAAACUGAGACAUGGGAACACACAAGCUCUGCCCAACUUGAUGAAGAUAUGCAGGAUGUGGGACCAAAUUUUGAUGCACUGCGUGAUGCUGAGACUGCCUAUUCAACCGCCACAUCAAUAACUACACAACCUAACACUGCAAUGCCUACAGUUGCUCCCGGCAGUCCAUCUGUAUCUCCAACAACAGACAGACCCGCAAGUGCCAGUCCCACCACAGCUUUGCCUACAGUCACUCCUGGCAGCCCUUCGUUGGCGCCCACAACAGAUCAGCCGACUAGUGCAAGUCCCUCAACAGCUUUGCCUACAGUCACUCCGGGUACUCCAUCUGUUUCUCCAACUACAGACAAACCGACAAGUGCCAGUCCCACCACAGCUUUUCCUACGGUCACUCCUGGCAGCCCUUCUGUUGCUCCGACAACAGACAAACCCGACCCACAAGCACAAGUCCCACCACAGCUUUCCUACGUCACUCCUGGCAGUCCUUCGUGCGCCAACAACGAAAACCGACAAGUGCAGUCCCUCAACAGCUUUGCCUACACAGUCACUCCUGGUAGCCCUUCUGUGCUCCACAACAGACAAACCCACAAGCACAAGUCCUCAACAGCUUUGCCUACAGUCACUCCGGUACUCCAUCUGUUUCUCCAACUACAGACAAACCACAAGUGCAGUCCCACCACAGCUUUUCCUACUGUCACUCCUGGAGCCCUUCUGUUGCUCCGACAACAGAAAACCACAAGGCAAGUCCCUCAACAGCUUGCCUACAGUCACUCCGGUACUCCUCUGUUUCUCCAACACAGACAAACCCACAAGUGCCAGUCCCACCACAGCUUUGCCUACAGUUCACUCCGGUACUCCUUCUGUUGCUCCGACAACAGAAGAAACCCACAAGUGCAAGUCCCAACUGCGCUACCAUCACUCCUGGUAGCCCCUCAUUGGCUCCAAAAGCAGCAGCAGUCAAAAAUGGCAGUCCUACCACAGCUAUGCCUACAGUCACAGCUGGAACUCCUUCUGUUGCUCCGACAACAGACAGACCCACAAGUGCUAGGCCAAGCACCUCAUUACCAACUGUUCUUCCUGGUAGUCCUUCUUUGGCUCCGACAACAGAGGGGCCGACGAGUCCCUUCUGUUGCUCCAACAACUGCCAGCCCGACUACGGUAACGCCUACUAUCACUCCUGGUAGUCCUUCUUCGGCUCCAACAACUGCCAGUCCGACCACAGCUUUGCCAACUGUCACUCCUGGUAGUCCUUCUUUGGCUCCAACAACAGCCACCCCCACAAUUAUGAGCCCCACGACAGCUUCCCCUUCUGUUACACUGGGUAGUCCCUCUUUCACUCCAACUACAGCCCAACCCACCACAGCUGGUCCCACUGUGACACCAACUGAACUCCCAACAGAGCAGCCAACACCUGAACCAACAAGUGAACCAACAAGUGAGCCAACAAGUGAGCCAACAGCGGAACCAACAGUGGAACCAACAGGGGAACCAACAGAACAACCAACAAUAGAACCCACAGUGGCACCACAAGAUCCCUCAGCUACACCGUCACAAGACACCUCAGUCACGCCCACUGGAGUCCCCGGAAUCCCACAAACAGGAGUACCCACGACUUCACCAUCGGUUAGCACUACAGCAGUACCAACACCGGAUUCCUCACCUGGAAUCACAGAUGCCCCAACAGGCUGUACUCUCGAGGCAACAGCAAGUAUAAUCGGGAUGGAUUUCGAAGGUGACAUCGCACUCAUCUCUGAUGAAGAGUUCACCUUGGCAUUUGAACUUGCAUUUGCAUCUCUCCAGACAGAUGAUGACAGCUCCUGUGCAUCAUCAGUCAGUAGUGUUUCCCUUGACUAUCGCACUGCUAGGCGCAAGCUGGAGAACUCUGACUCAAACCGUGCAAGAAAUGUGAGGACCCGCCAGCCGAAGGUUUCUCAGUCAUCUGGGGCACGGGUGCUGCAAACAACAGCCAUACCCACCAUGAGCAUGACCACCAGCCCCAGCACAAAUCCUACUGACGAUUUCUAUGGUUACGGUUCCGAUGACUUCUACUAUGAUGAUUUCUAUUAUGUGACCAGUACAGCGAAAGCCUAA